AUGGUCGGCUUCUUCUACCAAUACCUCAUCGUUCCGUCUGCUGUGCUGGCCGCCCUUGCUGUAGCCGUCAUUGCCGUCUACUACACCCAUCGCUACUAUCGCAACUCACGCGCCGAAGAGGAGGGCGCCUUCUUCGAUCUGGUGGAGAAGAUUACAGACACUGUCCGUGAUUCUGCUGCCGAUGGCGAGGAAUAUAUUAGCGUGCCCCAUGUCCGCGAUGUCAUCUUCCCUCCGGCUCGUCGCCGUCCCGCCGAACUGGCUCGCUGGGAGCGCGCCGUGGAGUACGUCAACGAUAACGAGUCGCGCAUCGCCACCGAGACUCGCCUCAUCCGCGGACACGAGUGCGCCGUCUGGAAAUGGCUGGAGGCGAAGAAGACCGGAUGGCAAGGAAAAGCCUUCGCCGAAGCCCUUUCGCCGAACGUCCCAAAACAGGGCCUCACCAAGUUCCUAAAAAUUCGCGAUAUGGUGGCUAACGACGGGUCGGAUCGCCUAAAGGCCGAGCUGGACAUGCGCGACAAGCUGCGCCCUAUUCAACCAUUACAUGUUGGAUAUUGUGCCGACCAUAGCACUAACGAGAAGCUAAUUUUCGCGAUGUUCUCCACUAACGACCAGGCUCAUAAAGCCUUUACUGCCCUUCAUGGCGAGUGGUAUUGCGGUCGCCUCAUCAAUGUAAAGUACGUCCGUGAUAUCCGUUACUUUGACCGGUUCCCGGAAGCCGCCAAUUUCGAGGAA